AUGUCUGAUCAGGGAGACCAUUACUAUACAUCUUGGAUUCUCCAUCGGGUACUAGACAAGUUAAUAGGGAGCGCGGAUCUAGUAGCCCUGAAAAGGAAACUCAAAGUGUUAACUGAGCACUUUGAUAAUGUCAAUAUGGAUACGGUAAAUCAAUUUUACACCGGAAGUUCAGCUGAAGGAGUAGAAAUGCCAGGCUCGGACGUGGACGUCAUGCUUACUUUAAAAGAUAUCAUAGUUUUGUGCCAAGAAGCGGACACCUGUUAUCUACCAGACAAUAUCAGUAAAACAGUGUUAGUGAUGAGAGAUGCUGACAGCAGACCUGGUUAUAUGAACUUGGAAUUAGCUAAGCUGCGACAGAGAGUUUCAAGGAAUUUAUUUGAAGCAAUUGUUCAAAUUGGUGAUAUACAUUUCAUAUCGAGUGAAAUAUUUAACCGGUCAUACCGUGAUAAAUUGAGAACCUUCUUUCAAUUAAAAAUGGAAAAUCAUGGUCCAGCUGCGUCACUGGCAGAUAAUGAGAGUAAUGCACGUGCAGACAUUGAUGUGGUGUGUUCUUUCUCGUGCAGUAGCUGGCCCAAAGAAGCAGAUGAGUGGGUAACAAGGCCCCGCUUUCAUAACUGGCCGAGUCAGUCGUUAAGAGAUCAGAUAGUACAGGACGGCUGCCAUAUUGUCCCAGUAGGAGAUAAAACGUCUGCUGGCACAUUCCUGCAAUGGAGGAUUUCAUUUGUUACCGCGGAAAGGAAACUCAUUCAUUCUCUCACUCAUACACAAUUUUUGGUGUACGGGCUUCUGAAGUACUUUCUCAAACAGAUGUCAGAGAUGUUGAAACAGUUACUUGGCGAAACGGAAAUCUUGUCAUCUUACAUCAUAAAAACUAUUGUAUUUCAUGCCGUGGAAAGUACACCUAAUUCAAUGUGGCAGGAGAAACAUACAUUCGCUUGUUUCAUGUUUUGCAUAAACAUGUUGAUAUCCUGGGUGAGGGCAGGAUACUGUCCUAAUUACUUCAUUAACAGAAACAACAUGUUUCUUGGUAAAGUUUAUGGGGAAAAUCAACAGAAUCUUCUGCGUUUUCUCAUCGAUCUCCAUGACAUGAAAUGGGGAUGUCUUUCAGUUGGAGAAUUUAUAACGCCAUCUGUAGGAGAGCACAUCGACAGGGUGCGGAGUGGAGAAUGGGACAUCAUGUCACCUCACCCUGAGUUGUUGGAACAAAUGUUUGAUUUAGAAAUAUUCAAAGGCAUUUUCUCGUUUGGAUAUUCUUCUGCUGUUCUCCGUGUGUCACUAAAACUGCUGUCUGAAUCAAUGACGGACAUAGAUGAAUUCCUUAAUUAUGCUAUUUCAGCACAGGCUUUUAGCUAUUCAGGAAUGGAACUCUUUGGAGAACACACUGCUGCAGAAGGAAACAAAGAGAAAUACAAAUCUCUCAGGAAAUCCAAGAAUCUUCUUAAACCACUGGCUUCAAUAUGUGCAAGUCCAGGGCUACUGACACUGGCAACAUAUCACUACCAGACUGGAAAUUAUGUCAAAGCAUUGGAUAUAUGUGGAGAAGUAAUUUCAACAUUCAAACUUUAUGUUGGCUCUGAUGCAAAAAUACGAGAUAUCGACAUGUAUCAACAGCUCUUUUGUGGACAAGGGUACACUCUACUACAGAAAAGCCGAGAAGGAUGUGUCUCAAAUGUCAUAUUCCUACCAAACGCUCCACAAUUCUACCCAUCUCAUUUACACCAGGAGAUGACAAAGAAUACAAAGAUGUUGUACCUUAGUGUCCCACCACUCCCGUAUGCUGUAUUUCUGUCUUUCCUCUGCUACCACGAGCAAGACGACCCAGGAAGACGUGACGCAGCGUUAAUUAAUCUCCGAGCAGUGAAAUAUGACGAGGAACAGGGAGUUGGCUACCACUGGAUAGUUCACAAUCUGUUAGGGAUCUGUUAUGAAAUGAUUGGGGAUAGAAGCCGGGCCCUCAGAGAAUACAACGAUUCUCUUCAUGUUCGAAGUUUAACAACAUAUAAGAACCCAGCAAAGGAGAGAAUAGACAAAAUAGGGCUGUUGUAA